AUGGCAGCGAGUGAACCUUUUCAAUACAUAGAAUUAAAUGAAAACGAAGUGCCUGGGGCAAAGUUUGUUUAUGAGUCUAUUGAAAAACAUUCAAAUACACAAUUAAGUAGGUGGCUGGAAUGCCGAGGACUAUGUAAAACUGGAAAUAGGAGUGAAAUCUUGAAGCGAGUUCAUAGUUGUAUCAGUGCUGGCAAAGACAAGGAAAUUGAUGUCGGGGUAGAUUGUGGGAAAUGGUAUGAACUGAAAAAGGAAAGUAAGCUACAACUUGCAGGAGUGCCUUCUCGUGUUCCUCUGCUACCAUACUGUGGAUGGGGAAAGUUCCCAUCUUGUCAGGAGAAAAUGCCAAAACUUUUCAAUAAGGGCCACAUUCACCACCACAUUGUGGAAUCAGUUCAGUUUGUGAAUGCCAAAGAUGUAAGUGAUGAAAGUGAUGAUGAUAUUGAAGAUCUUCACACUGCAAAGCCAAUGCAAAAGGGGUUAAAGUUUUUUGAGAGCGGACAUGUGAAGAAAAUGCAGGACUGUGUCAAAUCUGAGCACUAUUUUUUAAAGAGCAAGGUAAUGGCUUCCAUGCGGACAAAUGUGGAAUAUGAUGUGACAGUGACAUUAAGUGUACAUUCUGGCUUUGUUAAAGAUGCAUCUUGCACUUGCAUUGCAUCCGCUAUGGGACGUUGUAGUCAUGUGACUGGACUGUUGUAUGCGUUGGAAAAUUUCUUGUCAUUAUCGGGUAAAGACCUUACCAGCUGCACUUCAUUACCCUGUACAUGGAAUAGAGGUCGUCAAAAACAGAAAAAUCCAAAACGUGUACAAGAAUUAUCAUAUAGCUCAAAAAAAACGUAAUAUUAAUUCUGUAAUUGACUUUGAUCCAAGGGGGCCAUCAACAGUAAACAAAGACAAAGAUAAUGUCAAGGACAAUUUUUUGUGGAACUUGCAAAAUAGAAGAAUUAGUUCAUCAAUGUGGAAUUCUAUUCUAGAAUUCAGUUAUGAGGAUUAUGAAGUGACUAGUGAUCAGAUAAAUGUAAUCAAAGAGUGGAGAGAAAUAUUUCUAGAACAUCUCAAAGUGCCUUCGCAAAACAGUUAUCCAACUCUUUUGGUUGAGGAUCAAAGGAGCGAUCGUUGGUUUACCGAAAGAAGAGUUAGGCUAACUGCGUCAACUUGCCACACUGUAGUUCACCUCCAGU